GCCACCAAAACGAAACGAGGAACCGUGUGGGUCCUACAGGAGCAGCAACUUUCCCAUGUUUUUACGCUGCAGACAAACGUCGUCUCUCUCUCUCUCUUCACUCUCUCCUUGAGCUCCCUCCCAGAUCCAUCCAGGUAUAUUUGUAUUGAUUGAUCGACUAGAUUGAACACAUGUGGGGUUCUGAUUUGCUCAGCUGAAAACAAUGUGAAUAGAUGUAAUGUUAAAUUUUGGAGUUAUUAAAUAGCUUUGUUUAUGUGUUUGUACCUUGCUAUUUUCUCCAACUUAGUAUUUUAAUAAUUCAAAUGGAAGAAAUACAGUCUCAAUCAGAUAACUAUAGAUCGCCAUCUUCAUCAGCAAGUAGUCCUGUGAGUGGGGCGCCUUCAAGUAAUUUUUUUUAUAUGCGAAAACCCGGUUCCGUUAGACAACCCAUCUCAUUUGAGGAUUCACCAGACUGGGAAGAUACAGAUGUCGAUGUUAGGGUGGAGGAAAGAGGUGACUCCAUUGAUGCUGCAACCACUCCAGCCUCCCCAACUUUUUCAAAGCGUAAUAGUGGGUCCUUGCCGUCCCCACCAUUACCGGAGGGUGCAGUUGUUGCGAGAAAGGUUGCAGGGGCUUCAGUUGCGUGGAAGGACUUGACUGUUACUAUAAAUGGGAAAAGGAAGUACUCUAAUAAGGUUGUGAAGAGUUCAAAUGGUUACACAUUACCAGGGACGAUUACCGUAAUUAUGGGUCCUGCCAAAUCUGGUAAAUCGACACUAUUGAGAGCUCUUGCAGGAAGGUUGCAUGACUCGGCCAAAAUGUAUGGUGAGGUGUUUGUGAAUGGAGUGAAAUCACGCCUGCCAUAUGGGUCCUAUUUUGUAAAUUUUGACGUGGCACUACCUCUUUAUCAUCUUGACAGUGUCUCUGCACUUCUGAUGAUGGUUACAUUAAAGAAGCUUGCAAACACAGGUUGCACUCUUAUAUUUACUAUCUACCAGAGUAGUACAGAAGUGUUUGGCCUCUUUGAUCGAAUCUGUCUGCUUUCAAAUGGAAACACACUGUUUUUUGGAGAGACAUUGGCUUGUUUGCAGCACUUUUCAAAUGCGGGAUUCCCUUGCCCAAUUAUGCAAAGUCCUUCUGAUCAUUUCUUACGCGCGAUAAAUACAGACUUUGACAGGAUCAUUGCAAUGUGUAAAAAUUGGCAGGAUGACCAGGGAGAUUUUUCAUCUGUAAACGUGGACACUGCCAUUGCAAUUCGCACCCUCGAAGCAACUUAUAAAUCAUCAGCAGAUGCCACUGCAGUUGAGACUAUGAUAUUAAAACUCACAGAGAAGGAAGGCUCAUCUCUCAAAAGCAAGGGGAAGGCAAGCAUUGCCACACGAAUUGCAGUCUUGACUUGGAGAUCCUUAUUGAUUAUGUCAAGAGAGUGGAAAUACUACUGGCUUCGGCUGAUUCUCUAUAUGCUUCUUACAGUCUGUAUUGGUACAGUAUUUUCUGGAUUAGGGCAUUCCUUGUCAUCUGUCAUGACUAGAGUUGCAGCAAUAUUUGUAUUUAUAUCAUUUACUUCACUUCUAAGCAUUGCUGGAGUACCUGCACAAGCAAAAGAAAUCAAGAUAUAUGCAUGUGAACAAUCAAACCAGCAUACGGGAGCGUUCGUUUUCUUACUUGGGCAACUCCUCUCAAGUAUCCCGUUCUUGUUCCUUAUCUCCGUUUCAUCCAGUGUUGCCUUCUAUUUCUUCAUAGGGCUGCAAGACCAAUUCAGCUUGUUGAUGUACUUUGUGCUGAAUUUCUUCAUAUGCCUCUUAGUAAAUGAAGGACUAAUGCUGUCUGUUGUUACCAUUUCUCAAGACGUCUUCUGGAGCAUCUUGACACUAGUGUGCAUACAUGUGAUAAUGAUGCUUUCAGCGGGCUAUUUCAGAAUCCGAAGUGCUUUGCCUGGACCAGUAUGGAUGUACCCAGUAUCCUAUAUUGCUUUCCACACUUACUCUAUCAAGGGGCUCUUGGAGAACGAGUACAUCGGGACAUCCUUUGCAGUCGGGCAGGUAAGGUCAAUAUCAGGUUAUCAGGCUCUUCGAAGCGCCUAUGAUGUCUCUCCUGAUGGUAAAUCCAAGUGGCAAAGUUUACUAUGGUUGUCCCUCAUGGCGGUUGGGUAUCGUAUUCUUGUCUUUGUUUUGCUUCAAUUUCAUGUCAGAAAAAACUUACCUGCUUUUAGAUUUUUCCAGCGUAAUCAGAACACAAACAAUGCAUGAUGAAUGUAAGUGUACUUAUAAUAUGCAUCCUUUGGUGGUUCAGAUUUUGUAAAUUUUGCUGGCAUUGCUAUUGUUUUUGUACAAGGAAAGAAACAUGGAAUGGAAUACAGAAAUAUUUUGUGCAA